CAGACCUCACCAGCCACAGCAGUGAGAUCCGCCAGCCAGUUUCCCAGAGAGGCGACGCCAGCUCACCAGUUUCAAUUCCUUGUUACCUUCAGCCCAGUGAAGCCCUUCGCAGACCAGGAGGAAAUGAUCAUGAGACCCAAAUCAUCGAUCAUCUGGAGUCCCAAGAAAAUCCCGCUGGAUGUCUGCCUGCUCCUCUUACUCCUUGCCAUCAAUUGCUCUGGGAACAGGAACUUCUUUGAUGACACAGAAGCACCUGAGUUUAACAAUGAGGACUGGAUGAAAGAGAUUCCAGACAACACUCUUCUUUCGGCAGUCAAUAUCCCCGGCACCCAUGACUCCCUGUCUUUAUACUGCACACGGCUGGCUAUAUGCCAAAGCUGGACAUUAGACAAACAGCUACAGGCAGGAAUCCGUUUCCUGGAUGUUAGAAUACAGUGUUUUCCUCUAUGUGGUGACCCAGUUAUCUGCCAUGGAAUAACUCCCCAGUUCGACUGGUUUAGCAAUGUGGUGAAAGUAGUCAUGAACUUCUUGCAGGCUCAUAAGAAAGAGACUGUUGUGAUGAGGCUGAAGGCAGAGCUUUGUGAAACUGGUGUCAAUACUCUUGUGAAGGUAAAGAACAUGCUGAAUAACAAUGGGGCAGCAGGGGCUUUGUGGGAGAGCACAGAUGUGCCGAAAAUGAGACAAGUUAGAGGAAAGCUGGUGAUACUGCAGGAGUUCAGCGGUGAGACACAGUGGAUCAAGUAUGACUCACUGGACAUUGGCGAUGACUACCAGGUGCAGAACAUCAACGAGAAGUGGACAAGCGUCCAAAACCACCUAAACUCGGCCAUUCAGGGGGACAAAGAAAAACUCUUCCUGACCUUCAGCAGCGGCACGGGCAUUUCUGCUACACAGAUAAUCUGUGCACUGUGUCCCCACCAUGUGGCACAAACAAUUAAUAACAAAUUAUUUGAUUAUUUGCCAACUUUAGCCAGUAACAAAAAUCGUCUGGGGAUAAUCGCCAUGGACUUCCCAUCUGCCCAGCUGAUCCAAAAGAUCAUCGAGCUGAACCAGCAGACAAACUGAGGCAGAUCGAACAGCCUUCCCUCUUGAACUAUUUCCUUUAAGCAUGUUUCAGAAAGCCAGGUCUUCAGAGAGCUCUUCAAGCUUCUCCUUGUCAGCUUCAGACACAGCAGGUUAUAAACACGCCAAUGAGCUUUGAACCAUCAUUCAAGCUGAAUCGCAAGCCUUAAUUAAUCUUAAAAAGAAAGCCUCUUUGUGUAGCCUCUAAAAGUGUGAAACGAUUUCUCAAAUUCAACAAAAUUAAGCUUUUGCUAUUAUUAUUUGAUUAAUAAAAUGGGGGUGGGAAGAAUCAUAAAAAUGCUAUUGUUGCAUGCCAAGCUGAAUGUGCU